CAGCGUAUUAACCCGAAUGUGUACCGCUUGCGCAUGGAUGACCGCUACCCGGGACUGCCGAUCUUCAAUUUCGAGCACCUCAAGCCUUAUCGCGAAGGGGACUCGAGUCACAGAUGGAACAAAAAGAAGCGCAAGCGCGAGUACUUGAUCAGGUGGAAAGGGUACGGCCCUCACUAUGACACUUGGCAGGUCGAAUAUGACCUGCGCAGCGCGCCGGACACUCUGGCGGAGUACAAGCGCGAAAAAGGGCUGUGA